AUGGUUUUGUUUAGGUUAGAUCGAUGUCGAAGACCAAAAGGGUCAAGAGAUACGUCAUUUAUCCUCGCCAACGCACAAGUGGUCGACUAUCCGAUUGUUUACUGCAAUGACGGUUUCUCAAAACUCGUCGGGUAUUCAAGGGCGGAGAUCAUGCAAAAGCCCUGCUCACUGGCAUUUUUGCACGGUGAACAUGGAGAAUCAUCGAAUUUUGUCCGAAUACAAGAAGCACUCGACAACGGCCGAACAGACCAAGCUGAAAUCGGUCUUUGUAAAAAGAACAAGACUCCCAUCUGGUUACUGGUUCAUUUGGCUCCAAUUAAGAAUGACAAGGACUCGGUGGUUCUCUAUUUAUGCCAGUUCAAGGAUAUCACACCGCUUAAACAACCGUUGGACGAUGAAAAUAACAAAGGACUGUCUCGGAUCCUUCAAAUUGCUCGGAUCGCGAAAUCUAAGCAGCAGUUCAAUCAAAUUGAAACCAAGGAUCUGCACAAGACGACGACGUCCGUUUCGUCUAACUUCACCCAGGUAAUAUUGUCGAUUGUGCCAUCGAUUCUGUGA